CGCCCUCGACGUCGCGCGCCAUGCUCAGCUCGCUCGCGCACGGCGCGCACAUAGCCUACCGCGCGCACGCGCCGCCGUCGCGAUGCGAGAACGCGCGCACGCGCGCGCGCUCCGUCGCGCUCGAGUUGAAUUCGGGACGGUUACGCCGACACCUUCCGGGACGACGGCGUGAAACCUCCGUUUGGGCGCGCGCAGGACGCGAAAACGACGACGUGAACGAACGAAACGAACAAACGCAAAACGAAGGCGAUGAUCGCGCGCAUGCGGUGGACUGGCGCGAGUUUCGCGCGCGCAUGGUGGCGCAAUACUCUGAAAACGCCGCGCUCGGGGCGAGCAUAGACGCGGCUUCGCGAGACGGAUCACCGCCGACGUGGGCGCAUGGAUUGGAAAACCUGGAGAAAGGCGCGCUUUUAGUGGCGGUAGAAGAAGACGCGAGCUCGUUUUGGUCGCACGUGGUGAUUUUCAUGCUCGAUCACACACCGUACGGAUCUACUGGGAUAAUUUUGAAUCGCACGCAAUCGUGGACGCUCGCCAAGCAUUGCCCAGAGGUUAAACACGAUAAUUUGUACUGGUCGCUGUUGUCUGAAGAAGUCGUCGGCGUCGGCGGACCGGUGGGGUUGGACCACUCGCUCGAUCGUUCCGUCAUCGCCUUGACGACGAAAGAGCAGCCAGGCAUGACUGAAGAGGUGAUACCGGGGAUAUAUCGCGUCAUCAACCUAGAUCAGUUGGCGAAAUUGAACGCCAAACUCUCUGGGCCGGGUACGCUUCGGCCAGAGGAUUUGAGCCUCUUUGUCGGCUACUCGGGAUGGUCUCCAGGGCAACUUCAAUCCGAAAUCGACGCGGGAUUUUGGACCCUGGCCUCGGCUUCGGGUACGUACGUUCGAGACUGCAUGUUCAAACACGUCAUGGACACAAUCGUCGAACCUACGACGGGAAAGCGCGUCCCCAUCGACGCGCACGGUUUCCAAGCGUGGGCGUCCAUGCGGGAGAGUCUCGGCAUGUGACCGCCCCCUGACAUCUGUACUAUCACAUUGAUGACAUUGAACGACAACUUUUCUACCCAUUUUUUUGCCUAAU